UUUGAAAUUUUAGACAAUUUAUAGUUCAUGGAUCCCACUUUAAAUUUUUUUUCUUUCUCUCACCUUCACAUUCAGUUUUUUUUUUUUUCUUUCUUUACUAGAUGAGGUGUUUGAGAAAUUGAGUGUUAGAAGAGGAAUAAGCAUAGACAUUGGAAUUUGGAAGGGAUGAAUCUAAGGCCAUUGGGGCCAUUGGUUAGGAUGGCUGCAGUUAUAUUUGGUGGAGUAGCCACUUUGAACUUGGCUUCUGCUGCUACCAUCAAAGUGCUUCGGUUUGCAUCUGAGAAGAAACGGGAAAAAGUUGCGUUGCCCUGUUGGGUUUGUAGAGGGAAGGGGUUUUAUAUAUGCAAACUGUGCAACGGGAACGCCACCAUAUCUUGGUCCCCAAUGUUCGACCCUAUUGCAGUUAACCCCUGCGUUUGUCCUACUUGCGAAGGUAACAGAGUUCAACGCUGUUUGAACUGUCUUGGAAAAGGCUAUGAUUGACCUAUUAUGGGAUAUUGAGAUGGACACUGCUGCAUUUGUUUUGUUCAUUUAGAAUCUGAUAUGCAAGUGACUUGCUCAAGUGUAUUUUGUUGCAUCUGAGAGCUUGCACAUCUGUCAUUUUUUUAGAUUGAAUUGCCUUUACAGUAAUAGAAUGAGAGCUAAGCAAUAGUUCUGUCAUAAAUCAUGGCUUGCCAAAUCAAUGGGACCAGUGUAGUAAUGUCGAAUCACCUAUAGCUAAUGAGGGGGUGUUCCAUUUGGAUAUGCGGUUGGACUUUAAACUUUGCUGAUUCAAGUGGCUAAGUUUCAUCAAUAACUUGAAAUACAACUUCAAGUAAAUUAUCAAUUUUUUCAUGUUUUGUAUUUGUUAUAGCUUGCGGAAGGUGAUUUUGGCCAUUUUGAUAAGGUACUUAGUAAACUUCUUUUCCCACUGA